GUAUUUGAAAACAGGAAACAGAACUGCAAGCUGGAGCUGUGUGUGUGCCUUCCUCUUACCAUCUUAGGAGGAUCGUGACUAUCAAUAGUUGUCAGCCAAACCAUUAACCAAAGCAGAGUGACCCGGAAGACAGAAAAAGACCCUUUGACAAUGUCAAGCUCUCUGGUCGUGUGUGAAGUGGAGGAAAGCCUGAAAGAUAAACUAAAAAAGUUUCGAUUUCGUAAAGAGACCAACAAUGCUGCCAUACUGAUGAAGAUAGAUAUGGAGAAACAACUUGUUAUCCUUGAGGAGGAAUAUGAGGACAUCUCACUGGAUGACUUGAGAGAUGAACUUCCAGAGCGGCAACCCAGAUUCAUUGUCUACAGCUACAAAUAUGUCCACGCUGAUGGGAGGGUGUCUUACCCUCUGUGUUUCAUAUUCUCCAGUCCAAUGGGAUGUAAGCCAGAGCAACAGAUGAUGUAUGCAGGCAGCAAGAAUCAGCUGGUUCAAACUGCAGAGCUCACAAAGGUGUUCGAAACAAGAAACGCCGAUGACUUGACGGAGGAAUGGCUGAAGAACCAGCUGGCAUUUUUCCGCUGAAUGUGCAUCUCACACAUAUUUUUUCAGUUUUAAUUUUCACUUGUUGUGCAUGUUACUGCUAAUAAAUGAUUUACUGAAUGAAA